AUGGCCUCUUUCAGAGGGCAUGAUAGCUUUGACCAUGAUGAGACAUUUCUGCCAAGCGCAAACGCAUGCGCAACCGCGGCAGGGACAGUAGACCAGACGAUGGACACUGAACUGGAGUUGACGGAACCCAAGCUCAGCUAUUCCUGGACAUACUGGUAUGCCAAGUUCACGGAGCUCAACGAAUAUGAAUAUCUGCCAGACCCAGUUGAAACGCAAGGCGCACAUCUCAUCUCAGCGCCAUCGUCGCCGAAUGUAGUAGAGUCUCGCCACGACCCUUCUUCGUUCUACGACCACUUGCUUGAGCGGCUGCGUGGGCUCGCUUUGCGACAGUCAAUACGCGAGAAUAUCUACGGCGAAGAGUUUGCCAAUGAGUGGCCCAUCUCACGGACGCCGCGCGCCUUGGCCAAGGAGAUUCGUAUUGCUCGAAGAAAGGCCCGCGACGCACUGCUGCAUUUGGAUUCCCCGUCUACGUCGUCGGAUUCUGAAUACGAGCCGGCGUGGAGGAGAAGAAUUCGUGAAGCGCGAGAAAAGAAGCGCCGGGCCAAGAAGCAAGCCAAGCUGCUGGCUCAGGCCCAGGCCCAAACCGAGGAUCCGGCUCGGAUUCAACUUCAGCCGCGAGUUCGGUCUCGAUCGAUGCAGGUCGAACCUCAACCUCAGUCCCGGUUCCUCCUGGAGCCUAUCGUUGAGGAUGAGGCAGAGCAAUCGCCCAUCCCCGCCACCAUGGCUCUAACCGAUGCCGUUCGCCAGAUGACCAUGCCACUGUCUCGCGAGCUGGGUGACGAUGUCAGGAAUUCCAACUAG